AUGCCUAUAGGCGUUAAAAUAACAAAUAUAAAAAUGACCGAAGAAUACUUUCCUCGUGGUGGAAAAAAGCCUAAUGUGACAUAUUUUAAGCAAAGCAGUAACUUUUUAGGUGCUGCAGAAAAAGGCCAAGGUAAGAAGAAAAAACAAAAGAAAAGACCGGAGAAUGAUGAUGGAUACUUAUCUGAUGAAGCGGUUAAGGAGGUGGAUCAGUCAUACAAAAUGUGCGCAUCAGGGAUUGGAUAUAAGACACUGAAACCAGGUGUGAAUCUGCUGGGCCGAGUAUGGAAAGUGCUAGAUACCAAGCUGCGCAUCUCAAUGCCUGGCAAGACCGAGGGCAAUGUGAUGGCCUGCCAUAUCAGCGAGCCCUACAACAAGAUGCUGGAGGCUUAUGUUAAUGACGAGAUAGAGAAAAUGCGAGAUCUACCGGAGAUAUUCAGUCCGGGGCAGUAUGUGGCAGUCCAUGUUUUAGAGGCUAAUGGGACCAGCGAUAGUGUCAUGCUGUCCAUGAUGCCACAGCACAUCAACUCGGGGCGGUCACACGCUGACCUGCUGAAAGGUGACAUUCUUCAAGCAGCGGUGUCAUCGGUGGAAGACCAUGGUUACGUGAUGGAUAUAGGCGUGGCCAACACUAGGGCCUUCCUACCUAAAGCUGAAGCUAACCCUGAGAUUGAGCUAGACACUGGAAUGUUGAUCUGGACAAGCGUGAAGUCAGUAACAACGUCAGCAGACAACAGUAUAGUCUCGCUGAGCGCUACUCCGGCCGCACUACAGAAGGCGCUGCGCCGCAAGAAGCCUUCAAACCUUGAGAAGUGCUUGCUGCCUGGCACCGCCCUAGAGUUCACCGUCGACAAGCCCCUGGACAACGGGAUCGAGGGUCGCGUGUUGGACGCCACGGCCUAUGUGCAGCGCUUCCACGUCGACCGCAGUAAGGACAAGAAGCCGGCUCUCGGACAAAAGAUUAGAGGUCACGUGUUAUACGUGAUGCCGACCCGCAACGCGCCGUUUCUAACAACCAGAAACAUCUUUGAGAGUGCGCGACCUGAUCUCGAGGUAGAGACGAAGCUCAAGGAAGGCGACAUAGUUGAGGAAGCACAGGUACUAAAGAUCGCAGGGCGGAGCAUCCAUUUCAAACUGGGCAAGAAAUGCGUGGGUACCAUGAGUCUGAAGCGCGUGGCCGUCCACGAGGAUCUCACCGACGAACAGGUCGUCGCGCAGUCCUACCCCAUUGGCAGCACACACCGCGUCCGCGUGAUAACCUACAACCUAUCGGACUACAUCUACCACGUGACCGACGAGACCAAACUGCUCACCGAGAAAUACUUCUCCCACUCACAACUGAGUCCGGGGGAGCUAGUCACUGGCACCAUCCGCACUGUGGCCGAUAACCAUGUCACUGUUACUGUGGGCCGGCUGUCAGGUUAUGUACCGCAAUUGCACUUAUCGGAUGCAGGCGUCUACGUCGAUCCUAAGAAAGCUACCACAUCCAAGCUCACCAAGAAGAAGUAUAAGGUGGGGCAAGAAGUAAAUGCGCGUGUACUGUCCGUGGAUGCAGCGAAACAAACGUUGAUGCUGUCACUCAAACCAUCGUUAGUGGCGUCCGAUGCAGCUCUUCUGACUUCGUACGAACAAGCUGAGAUUGGCAAGGCCUACACUGGAGUAAUCAAGGUGGUAAAGGACUUCGUCUUAGUAUCAUUCCUGAACGAGGUGAUAGCGUACGUGCCCCGCAACCAAGUGUCCCGGACGCCCGUCACCCACCUGGCCGAGGCCUUCCACCCGGGACAAGUCGUGACGUGUACCGUGCUGCAGGUGGACGCUCAGAACCGGAAGAUGCUGGGCAGCCUGACUAUAGCGCCCUUCUGGCCCGCGAAACGAAGUAACGAACACCGCGAGAAACGCAAAAAUGAAACUGAAGACGGCGAAGUGCCCAACAAAAAGCGUAAAACCAGUGAAUCUGAAGACACAGACACAAAAACAAUAAAGAAAAAGAAAGAGAAGAAAAGUAAGGCAAAAGAAGUUUCAGAGGAUAGUGACGCUGAAGACAUAGAUCCUAAGAAGAAAAACAAAGAUAAAAAGGACAAAAAAGUAAAAGAAGUGUCAGAAGAAAGCGACGCCAUAGAGACAGACAUACAUGAAGACAGUGACCAAAUACUAAAACCAGAAGACCUAGCUCUUAUAGACUUAUCAGAUUGCGAAACAGCUAAGCAAUGGAAGAAACGAGUAGUAUCCUUAAUGAAAUCUAUCAAAUGUAGAUUACACAGAAUAGAAAGGAUAGACAAAAAGAUAAUAAAAAUAGAAGAACAAGGUUUAUCAGCUAAGAAUAAGAAAUUCCACACAGCCAUGCAUCAAGAGAAGUUAGUUAUCGAAGAGAGAAUAAAGAAGUUGAUGGAAGCAAUGAAAACUGCCCAAGAAAAGUUAAAAGAAUUUGACGAAGAAGAGUACAGAGAUCCUAAUUACAAAGAGAUGCAGAAACAGAAAAAGGAAGAGAAAAUAAAAACUUCAAAACCAGUUAAAGAUGAUGAUGAUUCAUCUGAAGAAGAGACAAUUCCUGAAAAGAAAAAUAAAAAGGAUAAACUAAAAGAGAAAGCUGAUAAACCUAAAGAAGAAGCAAAAGCAGGCAAGAAAAGGAAACAAGAGAAGAAUAAAGAAGUGAAAGAAGUAGUAGAUAAGAGUAAAGAUAUUAAAGUAGUGGAAAGCUUAGAGCCCGCGCUUGAAGUGCCCAGCGCUAAGGAGUUCUGGACGGAGAACGAUCAUCAGGCCAACAAGGUGGAAGAGUCUUCAAGCAGCAGUGAAGAUGAGGAAACCGAGCAACCCAAAAAGAAGCGAAAGAAGCUCACAGCAGCCGAGAAGGUAGCAAAGGCCCGCGCCGAAGAAGAGAGACUUCGCGAGCUGGAGCGGCGCGCCGUCGAGAGCGAAGCGCAGCCUCGGAGCUCCGACCAGUUCGAGCGGGCGCUGCUGGCCAACCCGAGCUGCAGCCAGCUGUGGAUCGCGUACAUGGCCUUCCAUCUGCAGGCGACGGAGAUCGACAAAGCACGUGCAGUGGGCCGGAAGGCGCUGAAUACCAUCUCUUUCAGGGAGGAGGAUGAAAAGCUGAACGUAUGGCUCGCCAUGCUUAACGUCGAAAACCGGUUCGGCACGAAGGAGUCCCAACAAAAAACGCUAGAAGAGGCCCUCCAAAUGAACGACACCUUCAAAGUGCACUCCAAACUCCUCGACAUCUACGUCGACACCUCCAAGCACCAGGAACUGUCCUCCCUCGUCGAUCUCAUGCUGCGGAAAUACAAAAGGAAUCCUACCAACUAUAUCCAGUGUGGCGCGGCCUGCUUCAAGUUGGGAUUGGUGGAUAAGGCUAGGCAUGUGAUGCAGAAGGCAGUUAGCGUGCUGGAGAAGAAAGAACACGUAACCGUGCUAGUGCAGUUCGCCCUCCUAGAGCGAGCGCACGGCGAGCGCGAGCGAGCGGAGGCGCUGUUCGAGCAAGUGCUCGCCGUGUACCCGCAGCGCCUCGACGUGUGCGCCGCGUACGCCGACAUGCUCGCUAAAGACCGCGACAUUCAGGCCGUCAGACAAGUGAUGGAGCGCAUGACGUCUCAGAAGCUGCCAGCACGUAAAAUGAAGACGCUGUUCAACAAGUGGGCGGAGCUGGAAGACCGCAUCGGCGACGCCGACCGCGCCGACCAGGUGCGAGAGCGAGCCGUCAAGUUCAUGGAGACCGCCAAGUUCUAACCAUUAUUAUGUUGGAUAACUUGC